GUAAAUGCUGCCAGUGAUGAGGAAACGGUGUCCUCUGUCAGUACAAAUACCAGCACAGUGCACAUUCAACCAUCAGACAGGUGAACUGAGAGGAGCUGACAAGAGUCACCAGCAGAGUCGAAGAACUUAAACAACUUAACUCAGUCUCAAAGAUGAAGACAUUCAGUGCUGCAGUCACCGUGGCCGUCGUGCUCGUCUUUAUUUGCAUCCAGCAGAGCUCUGCCACUUCUCCUGAGGUACAAGAGCUGGAGGAGGCAGUGAGCAGUGACAAUGCAGCUGCUGAACAUCAGGAGCAAUCAGCGGACUCAUGGAUGAUGCCACAAAACAGACAGAAGCGUGACGUCAAGUGUGGUUUUUGCUGCAAAGAUGGUGGCUGUGGAGUGUGCUGCAAUUUCUGAGAGAUGUGACUGUAUCACCCACGCAUUUUCUCUAUUGAGGAGUAUUUUCAAUAAAUGCCAAUCCUCCUUUAA